AUGCGAUUAUUUACAUUGAUAUUUUUCUUAUCUCUUGGAGAAGGUUUAUCGAGAAAAGUUCCAACAACAACUGUUUCCAUGACGAGAAGUGAAAAUGAAAUCAAUAGUGACAAUACGAUUGCGACUGAUAAAACAGUUUUCGACGAGGAAAGCGAUUUAGACAGCGGUAAAAACGAAUCGGAUGAAGACGAGGAAUAUACUGUCGAUGAUACCGAUGAAGAAGACACGACUGAGACUGAAAAUGUGGAAAUCGAAAAUAUUUCGGAAAGCACUUCCACACUAUCACCUUUAAUUGUAUGA